AUGCGGGGGUCGUGGAGGUGGGAGAGAGGCUGUGGGAGAGCCCAGCCAGCCAGCCAGUGCCAGACAGCCAGCCAGCAGGCCAGCAGGCCAGCAGGCCAGGCCAGGCGAGCGCGCUUUGGCCCCCCCAAAACUUGGCCCGCCAAGCGGGGGCCGUUGGGGGCCCGCACCCCCAACCAAUCCCCUCCGCUUCAUUCCGGGUUCCUUCUCCUUCUCGUUCGCCAUCUACCACCGCCACCCGACCAUCGUCAUCCUAUCCCCCUUGCACCGCCACAGCGCGACCGCAUUGCAUUGCCACCCUCGGCGUCAUGCUGCUCGCUCCACGACGACGACGACGACGACGCCGUCCUCGCCCUCGCCCUCGAACCUGCCACGCCCUUCGCGCGGGCACAUCCUAGCUCAAUCCACCCCUCGCUUACCCCCCGAUCGACCGCAGAGAUGAUCCAGUGCCACCUCUGCCCGAAGCGAUACGCGCGCCACGAGCACCUCAAGCGCCACAUCCAGUCGUCCCACGAGUCUUCCAGGCCCGGCGAGGGUCCCCGCUCCUUUGCCUGCGAUGUGCCCGGAUGCGACAAGGUCUACCGCCGCUCCGACGUACUCGCCCGACACAAGGCCGGUCACAGCCGCCCGCGGCCCGAUAGUGACAGCCCAGAGUCGCCUGCAAACAAGCGCCAAAGGCACUCGGACCACCACCCAGCUGCUUCAGGCCCAGACCAUCGCAGCAGCAGCAUCAGCAGCAGCAUCGGCAGCGCUCACGGCCAUCCCAGCGAUCAACACUCGGGCGCUCCUGAAGCAGGCGGCCAACUUGCCGCCCGCCAGUAUCAGGAGGGCGCCGCGAACCACCAAGAUACCCCCGCGCAUGCCCCCUUUGCACUGCCUUCGACGCCUUCCGAGCCUCUCUUCGUCCACCAACGGCCAAGCCAGGUCGCAAUGUCGCCAGGCUACGAGGGCCCGAAUGGAGCCAAUCCAUCGCCGCUGGCCUACCCGCGGCAGCAGCAUCCACAGCAGCAGCAGCACCACCACCACCACCAAGCGCUGCAAGCCUCGGUAAUCGAUGUGGCUGGCCCAGGUCUGCAUCGUCCCCAGGGUCAGCCCGUUCCGCUGCAACCAGCAGCGGCCGCGGCCGCCCUGCCGCCGACGUUCACCGACUUUUGCACCGCCGGCUUUGGCCAGCCAGACGUCGCCUCGGCGACCGGCCCGCCCAUGUACGACUUUGCAGCCGCAUCGACCUCGGCCGGCCCCAGCUUCGGCUGGGACGCGCUCGACUAUGGCAACCUCACCGCCCUCGACUGGAUCCUCGACGACAUCCGCGGCGACGGUGCGGCCAGCGUCGCCGGCGCAUCGACCCUUUCGGGUGUCCAGGCGUCCAACUUUGGCGACGACGACGAGGGCGCACCGCCGCUCGACGACUUUGGGCCAACGCCGCCCGCCGGCUUCAACGUCUUCGGACCCACACCCGCCGCGGGCACCGACCCGACCGAGUCGCUCAACCUGCUCAACCUCGCCAACACGGCCAUCUCGACCGCCUUGCCUGCAUCAGGCGCUGCUGCGACGCCCGCGCCGGGGGCCAAUGGCAACGGCGCAUCGACGGCCAGGGCUGGCCGCAGCGACGACGAAGAGGGCGAGUGGCCCCAAGAGUACCGACCGAUGCGCAGCAAGCCGCCCACGAUCGAGAUCUCCGACUAUCUCCUCGACGUCGAGGUCGAGCCCGAGGCGGCCGAGGGGCGCGGCGCCAAGACGGCCGCGAAACCGGCCCGGACGCGCGGGCCCUACAUUCCCUUUGUGCUCAUCGACGACGACUCGCCCGAGGGGCCGCCCGGGCGGUCAACGUCCCACGGCAUCGCCUCUGCCUCGCCCCUGUCCGCCUCGACCCAGUCGCCCUCGCUGCCGUCCUGGCCAGACGCCGCCGCCCCCUCGGCCACGCUGCUGCCGCCGCCUGGCCGCAGAGUCGACGCGCAGACGCGCCUCAAGCUGCUCGACUACCUCCGCCACGCGUGCCGCCACCCGUGGUCGCUCUACUCGUUUGCCACGGCGCCCGACGGCUUCCUCACGUGCGUCCAGCUCGAGACGCUCGUCUCGCUCUACUUUCGCAAGUUCCACCCGUACCUGCCCAUCCUCCACCCGGCGUCGUUUGACUGCUCGACGGCCAGCCCCGUGCUGCUCCUCAUCCUCGUCACCGUCGGCCUCGUCUUCUACGCCACCGAGAUGCAGGCGCGCGGCGGGCUGCCGGCCAGUGUGGCGCGGCUGCGGAAGCGCACCUCGGUCCUCGCGCCCGCCUUUUCCGAGCUGGCGCGCAUCGGCAUCAUGUCGGCCUUUGAGGCCGACCAGCGCGGCUUCCAGGACGUCGGCAUCAACACGGCCUGGGUCAUCCAGCAGACGUUUGGCGUCGGCUCGGGCGACAAGCGCCUCUACAAGCUCGCCGAGCGCAACCGCGGCGGCAUGGUGACGGCCAUCCGCCGCCUCGGCGUGCUCAACAUGCCCGACGUCCGCCUCGACUUUGGCGGCGCCGGCGCCGCCCCGCCGCUCGACGACCACCUGCUGGAGCGCUCGUGGCGCGCGUGGAUCGAGCGCGAGCGCCGCAUCCGCCUCGGCUGGUUCGUCUUCCUCUACGACCAGAUGUUUAGCUGCUUCCUCGACAUCUCACCCAUGCUCCUGUACACCGAGGUCACGUCGCCGUUCCCGUGCGACGAACCCCUCUGGAACGCCGCCACGCCGCACGAGUGGUACCGCCGCAUCCUCGGCCGCUCCGAGGGCCAGCGCGCACCCAAGCCGUCGUUUACCGCCUCGCUCGAGCAGCUCCUCGACCCGCGGCGCGGCCGAGCGGCGGCGGCGACGGCGACGGCGACGGCGGCAGCCAGCACCCCUCCCCUCCGCCUCAACCGCCUCGAGGCGUACAUCCUCGCCGUCACCUUGUAUCGCAUCCGGUGGGACUCUAGCAAGCGCUCGGUCCUGUUUGGCAGCGAGGGAUUCGCCUUUGCCGACGAGGCACGGUUCGCUGCCAGUCCUGGCGGGCGGACCUGCGACGGCGUCGACACCGAUGACGACGACGACGCCGUUGGCAGGCCGCGCGGGUCCAGACGGGCCAGACAGCCGGCUCGGAUGGUCACGAUCGACGGCGCGGCCUCGAACGCGCUACAGGGCCUGGCCGAGGCGGCGUCGUGGGCCACGCUGUCGCUCACCUCGUCCGGCCUGGCGCGCACGCCGUCGGGCUCGCCCAGCCUGGCGCUCAGCAUCGACGUCCAGCUGCUGCGGCUGCUGUCCAAGCUCCACUUUACCGGCUCGCCCGCGUUUUUCGACAAGCUCAAGGACGCGGCAGGGCGCUCCGGCAUGACAUCGGCGCGGCGGGCCGAGGCGAUCCAGGCGCUCGAGCGGUGGAUGGGCGACCCGAACCACCAGGUGGCGAUGCGGACGAUGCUGCUGACGUCGGCGCAGGUCUACCAUCUGAUCCGCACCUCGCUCGACGCCAGCGCCACCAAGCCCGACGUGCUGGUGCUGCAGAGCAACGUCUGCACCGUCAGCCUGUUCCACGCCGCGCUCGUCAUGUGGGCGUGCUCCAAGUUUGCAACGCCGCCGCCGCAGCCGCAGAACGGCGCGGCCGGCGACGUGGGCGACGGGCCAGCGGCACCUUCCGACGGCGGCCACGAUCGUCGCUGCGAUAGAGUCGAGCAACGGCAGCCUAGUCGCGAAGAUGACGGCGGCGACGGCGAUGACGAUGACGACGAGGCGAUCCGCCUCUACGCGAGCAGGCACGACCUGCCCUGCCUGUCGCCGUCGAGGACACGGGCUCUCGAGGGGAUUGGCGUGCUGGAUCUCGUGGGAUCGGGCAGCAGCAGCGCCGGGCUCUCGCCAGACGACUGGCAGGACCGCAGCGGCCCAGACGAGGGUGGCGCGGGCGAUGGCGCUGGCGGUGCCGACGCCAUGGGCCAUGCCCGCGCCAUCGAGGCGUGGGUCCACGGCGCGUACAUCUCGUCGGCCGACGGCACACCCCGGCGCUGGGCGGCGGCCCAGUCGCUGGCGGUGCGGGUCCCAGGCAUCGGCGAGCUGCUCGGACCGCCGCAGAGCGCCAUGUCGAGCCGGCGAGGCAGCAUCGCUCCAUCCACGGCCGAGGGUCUCUUUGGCCUGUCUUUGUCGUCAUCUCCUUCUCCGUCAUCGUCAGCAGCGGCCACGGCGGCGGCGGCGGCGGCGGUGGCGGUGGCGGCGAGGGCAGUCGAGAGCGACAGGCUGGUUAAGGCGUCGCGGAUCCUGCAGCGGUUUGCGUCGCUGCUGCGCAAACUCGACUGGGGUCUGGCGGCGUCGUUUCGCACGAUUCUUCUCCACAUGGCCAGGUACGAAGCGAGGACCGGCGCCGCCGCCGGCAGCAGCAGCAGCGGCGGCGGCGGCGGUGGGCGCGGAGCGGCAGGGUGA